AUGGCGCUCAAUCCUCAAUAUGAUGCAAUUGGAAAAGGAUUUGUCCAGCAAUACUACACACUGUUCGAUGAUCCGGUACAGCGACCAAAUCUGGUUAAUAUGUAUAAUGUUGAAACCUCCUUCAUGACCUUUGAAGGUGUACAAUUGCAGGGUGCAGUAAAAAUCAUGGAAAAGUUAAAUAGUCUGACAUUUCAAAAGAUUGGGAGGAUUAUAACUGCUGUAGAUUCACAACCCACAUUUGAUGGAGGAGUCCUUAUCAAUGUACUCGGACAACUGCAGUGCGACGAUGAUCCUCCACAUCCGUACAUGCAAACCUUUGUUUUGAAGCCACUUGGAGACUCCUUUUUUGUUCAGCACGACAUAUUUCGCCUAGGCAUCCACGACAUCGCCGCCUAA